UACCUCCUGCACCUGUGAUUCUCUCCCUGGUGCGCCGAUUUCACAUCAUCCCCAAUAAUCUCACCAAUCAAUUCGUUCCCCUCUCGCUGGAGCUGAGUGGCUCCCGCUUCGAGGCACGAGUCGUCAAGCACAAUCUAACUCCAGUCAUUGGUUUCAGCUUGGCCCAGUGUCUGGCCAAUCAACCCCCCCAAUCAACUCAAACCUGGAAAGCUGCGACUGUGGUAGACGACCUUGUCGCGCAAUUAAAACAGUCAUUCACGAGAACCCGCAACGCCGUAUAUCUCUCACGCCGACAAACACCCCGUCUUUUUAUCCGCUCCACAACCACGCAACCUUCGCGCCCAGCUAUCUGAGAUCGCGAUAAACGAACGAUCCCCACCCCCACACCCGUCAUCAUGGAUCCCCAGAACCCAUCCUCGGCGCCGCAUGGCCAGCAGAAUCGGCAGCAGCCUGUAUAUGAUACCAGCCAGGGUGGCCAUUAUGGAGCAAGCGCAGCGCUAUCCGCGCAAGGAUUCGCACCGUCAGAGCUGUACACCGGGACGUGGGCAAACGUGCACCAGGGGCUCAACGGGCAGUACAAGGACAUCCUCACGACCUACUGGCAGCAGACCAUCAACCACCUCGAGGGCGAUACCCAUGACUACAAGCUCCACCAAUUGCCGCUGGCCCGGAUAAAGAAGGUCAUGAAGGCCGAUCCCGACGUGAAGAUGAUCUCGGCCGAAGCCCCAAUUCUAUUUGCCAAGGGCUGCGACAUUUUCAUCACCGAGUUGACGAUGCGUGCUUGGAUACACGCCGAGGAGAACAAGCGACGCACCCUCCAGCGCUCCGACAUCGCCUCCGCCCUGGCCAAGUCCGACAUGUUCGACUUUCUUAUUGACAUAGUCCCACGGGAGGAGGCCUCGACCCAUGCCAAGCGCAGUGCCGGCCAGGCUGCUUCCGCCGCCCAACCCGCCCCUGCCCAGGCGCUCCCCGGCCAGCACGUCCCAACGGCGCCCAACCAUGCGGGCCAACAUCCCAUGGCGGCAGCCCAAUACGGCAUGGGAGACCACGCCCUGGCCGCCGAGGCCGACUACCGCCAGCCACAGGGCAUGUACCCGGGCCAGGUCCAGCCAGGCGCCCCGCCGCCGUACGGCCAGCCGCAAGCCCCGAUGUAUGGGGAUAUGGAGGGCAUGUAUGGAUACUCGACGAUGCCGCCACAACAAUAGAGCGCCUAGAAAACGCCAACAAGCAAAGAAUCGGAGGUCCCCGAAGAUGCGGUCCCAAACAAAGCUGUCGAACACGCGAGCCCCGGGGCAGCGGAUGGCAAAGUGGCUACCAUCUUGGCAAGGUUCCUGGAAGAAUGGGGACACAAAUCGUAUACCGGAUGAGAAGUGGUUCCUUUGUUUCUUUUUUUCUUCCUUUUUUUUUUCGCAGGGUUCUGAGUAUGGCGUAAUAAGGGGUAGAUCGGGUU